CAUUGCAGUUGAUUUUUUGUUUUGUUUGAAAUCUUUCCGCUAUUAAAAAUGCUAAAACUAGUAUCAUUUCUGUUUGUGUGCCUGCUACUUGGUUUUUCAUCAUCUGCGAACAAUGCCACUGCAGCUUCCAAAGUAAAUUGCGGAGAAAGCUUUCAAUCAAAGCUAAAGGAAAUUCUAGCCAUUAGUCAAUCCUGUCCAACGACUUAUUAUGAGAACUGUUGUCAGAUAAAACAACUGGUUUCUACAUUGCCAAGUGGUGUUUAUAGUGUGCGGCAUAUUGCAGGCCUAAGCCCCUUUAGUCCAAAUGUCCACAUGCUUGCUCGUUGUGACAUGGUGACAGACGGUGGAGGUUGGCUUGUCAUCCAGAGAAGACUACCAAAAGGAAAAGUGAACUUUGUCCGAAAGUGGGAUGACUAUGAGAAUGGAUUUGGAGACCUAGAGGGAGAGUUUUGGUACGGACUUAAAAAUAUCCAUGCCCUGACAUCUCAAAAUGAUGUGGAAUUGAGGAUCGACAUGAUUUUUGAAGAUGAUGGCUCAAACCUUACGUGGACCUACACGACAUUCAAAGUAGAUGGAGCGUCUACCAAAUACAAACUUAUUGUUGGAGGGGGAAAAGGGACUGGACGAGAUUCAUUUGCUUACCAAAAUGGCCGAAUGUUUACAACUAUUGACAGUGAUAAUGAUAAUUACAAAACUAAUUGUGCAUAUUUGAUGCAAGCAGGAUGGUGGUACAAAGACUGCUAUUUUAGUAAUCUUAAUGGUCCUCACACAGGUCAUUCAAAGUAUGCUAAGCUUAUUUGGAAUGAUGGCAAAACUUAUCGUGGUGUUAGUAACGUGGAAAUGAAGAUAAGGGGGAAGAACUGUGAGGUGCAAAAAACAUGUCAACUUUGAAUUAAAAUUUUCGCACUUUUAAUUAACGAAGGACUAUACUUCUAUACCUAUCUUAUGUCUUUAUUGCAUGAAUGCUGAUAAUAAUUAUUUUACUUGUAAUUGCCACCUUACUACAUGCUACACAUGUUUAAUUGUUUUUUCACUGAGAUUGACCACUUUCAACUGAAAUGGUAAAUAGUUUUUACGAGCAGAGCGCACAAUCAAGUGCUUUUUAAAACAUUAA